AUGUUGUCAAUUGCUUCUACAAGAAAUACUGUCGUCAAAAAUUUGCUUAGAGUCUCUUCUAAAGCCCAUUACAAUGUCUUAGCUGUGGAUAGCCCAAGUAAAGUUUCCACAUUAGCAGUGAAAGUCCAUGCAGGGUCCAGAUAUGCGAAUAAAGAUGGUCUAUCUCAUCUAUUAUCUCGCUUCAAUUUCCAAAAUACAAAUGAUAAAUCUGCUUUACGAUUAGUUAGAGAAACUGAAUUGUUAAGUGGUGAACUAGCUUCCACUGUUGAUAGAGAAUAUAUUACUUUGAAAGCUACCUUUUUAAAGGAACAUUUACCAUAUUAUGUUAAUGUCUUAGCAAAUGCUCUAUAUAAGACAUCUUUUAGACCUCAUGAAUUACCUGAGUCUGUUCUUCCUGCUGCAAACUACGACCUGGCACGUUAUGACCAAAAUCCUAUUAAUGUAGCUCAUGAAUUAUUAUACAAUAUUACUUAUAGAUCUGGAUUAGGUAAUCCAAUUCUUUAUGAUGGUGUAGAACCUAUCGCAUUGGAGGAAAUUCAAAGUUUUGCUGAUGAUGUUUAUACGAAAGACAAUAUUGAUAUAAUUGGUUCCGGUGUUAACGCUAACGAUCUUGAAAGGUUCGUUAAUGAUUCUUUAUUUAAUUCAUUACCAGUUGGUAAAUCUUUAGUUGGAUCAAGCGCAACUAAAUCUUUCGUAGGUAAAGAAGCAAGAUUAAGAAAUGUAGGUCCAUCCGUAGUAACUAUCGGUAUUCCAAUUGAUAGCGCUGAGGAUUUUGGUAAAUAUUAUGCUUUAUCCAAAUAUUUAACCGCUAAGAGCACCCCAUUAUCUAACUUGGUAUCUUCAUCCAAAGUUGAUUUCUAUAAUAAUAAGAACGGGUUGUUCAUAUUGAAUGUCAUUGGCAGUAAUCCAGAAAUAGUUAAUAAUAGCGUCAGGAAACUUGUUACCGAAUUGAAGAAAAAUAUUGAUCUUUCAGUGACAAAAGAAUACGCUCGAUUAGAAUUAGAAUUAGAAAAUCAAUUUAAAUUGAAACCAUUGGAAAUCGAUUUCGGAAAGGUUAAAAACUUCAAAUUGGACAAGUUCAACUACGCUGCUGUGGGUGAUGUAUCGAAAUUACCAUUCUUGGAUGAUUUGUAUUGA